AUGGCGGCGGGUCCGAUCGCCGAACGUAAUCAAGAUGCCACAGUCUAUGUGGGAGGACUGGAUGAGAAGGUCUCUGAAGCCAUUCUGUGGGAGCUGUUUCUACAGGCUGGCCCGGUGGUCAAUGUUCACAUGCCCAAGGACAGAGUGACCCAGUCUCAUCAGGGCUAUGGCUUUGUCGAGUUCAUGGGAGAAGAAGAUGCGGAUUACGCCAUCAAGAUAAUGAACAUGAUCAAACUGUACGGCAAACCUAUACGGGUGAAUAAGGCUUCAGCCCAUCAGAAAAAUUUGGAUGUUGGAGCAAAUAUAUUUAUUGGAAAUUUAGAUCCAGAAGUGGAUGAAAAACUUUUAUAUGACACAUUCAGUGCUUUUGGUGUCAUUUUACAAACUCCCAAAAUUAUGAGGGAUCCAGACACCGGCAACUCCAAAGGAUUUGCAUUCAUCAACUUUGCCAGUUUUGAGGCAUCUGAUGCGGCCAUUGAAGCCAUGAAUGGGCAGUAUUUAUGUAACCGGCCUAUUUCUAUAUCAUACGCUUUCAAGAAAGAUGCCAAAGGAGAGCGACAUGGCUCAGCUGCAGAGCGGUUGUUAGCAGCACAGAAUCCUUUGUCCCUGACAGACAGGCCUCAUCAACUGUUUGCGGAUGCUCCUCCCCCUCCCCAGCAACCUCCUGCCCCCUCCCAGUCCACACUUAUCCCUCCCCCUCCUCCACCCUCCAGCGCUAUCCCCACACAGAUGCCAAACAUGCCAGGGAUGAUGUCGAUGCAGACACCGCUGCCUCCUCCGCCCGUCCCUCCCCCAGCAGGGAAUAUUGGUCAGCCGCCUCACAUGCCCUUCCCCCCUCCCCCCAUGGGGCGACCCCCUCUACCGCCCAAUCCUGGGAACAUGCCGCCCCCUGCACCACCCACAAGCUCAGCCGGAGGAAUGAACCAAGGAGCACCGCCACAUUCGAGUGGACACCCAAACAUGCCACCUCAUCCUGGGCCCCCAGGGGGUCACCCAAAUAUGCCCCCUCCUCCAGGGAUGAGACCCCCUCCUCCUGGCUGGAGGGGACCUCCACCACGAGGUCCACCACCAUUUGGUAUGCGGGGUCCAUUCCAUGGGAUGAGGGGACCUCCUCCACCUCCUCAUCGGGGUAUGAGACCCCCACCCAGAAUGAGGGGCCCACCUCCUCCAGGCAUGAGGGGUCCAGGAGGACCGCCGCCUCCACGCUACUGAGCGUCAUAUAUCUGUGGAAACUCACAUGUGCUGAUACCAUAUUUCCAGGGAUGAAAUGCAUAGAAACAUGCAUUAUUUUCCUUGUGUGGACACCAGGAAAAUUUGGUGACAGAAGUGAACAGAAUUUGUGUCAUGUCUUUUUAAAUGGAAGUCGUCCAUGAGAUCAACUGAU